AUGGAGUUUGUUCCUCGUUUAAAUGCUGAAGAAAUUAGAGGGCUCUUUGCUCCUCCACCUUGGGGCGAUGAUGUCGCACCAUCCCCUUUUUCCAUGACAAAUGCUCGAGAGCGGGACAAAUUUAGGAAUAUAGAUAUGGACAAAGGGGCCAAUAUGAUUGACAAUAUUAAAGCAUCAUACAGAAGGCGCAGAGCUCAUAGGGACGCUUAUAAGGUGGCUGUCUUGAGUGCAUGGCGCCGAGUUGAUUGUUGGACUAGAGAGGCUCUUCGCCGUAGCUUUCUUUUUGAGCUCAUUGAAGGCUAUGAGACUUGUGUUCGAGCCUUCAUCUUGGAAAAGGGAGCUGAAGAAGUUCUUGAGCUCCAGGUUCGAGAUCCUUUCCAUAGGCUUCUGCUGCAUGGUGUCUGUGAGUUCUACAACUUGGCUUCGAUCACAAUUACCCAAUCAAAGGACGUAGGGUCUCUGAAGGUCACAAGGAUAACUAGGAAGAAAACAGGGUCCACGAGCUCCCUAGCAUCACCUUGUCCCAUUUCCUGAGAAUGUCCAAGGAAGGGAGUUGGUAACAUUAUGCGGGAGCUUCCCAUGCUUGUCAAAUGUACAAAUA